GAAAACCAAAGCAAAGAACACGUGUUGAGCCUACAGCAUCCUGGUUGUAAUUUCUUGAAGUGAUCAUCAACAAUGGAGCAGGUGUUGGUUAAGACUCUGGAUGAGUUGACGAGUGACGAAAUGAAGAGAUUCCAGUGGCUCCUGAUCAAGCACCAGAGGCGUAGCUAUGAGCCCAUCAAAAAAAGCGAGUUGGAUCGCGACACAAGCAGGGAGAAUACCGUGGAGCUGAUGGUGAACAAAUACAGAGAGAAUGGGGCUCUGGGUGUUACAAUUAAUAUCCUGAAGGACAUGCACCAGAAUACACUUGCUGACAAGUUGAAGACAAAGGCAAACAUUCUCAAAAGAGCGGAAAACGGCACAACAAAGGUGAGCAGUGCGGCGAAGAGCACUGCAAAGGUGAGCACUGCAAAGGUGAGCACUGCAAAGGAGAGCACUGCAAAGGAGAGCACUGCGGCAAAGGAGAGCACUGCGGCAAAGGAGAGCACUGCGGCAAAGGAGAGCACUGCGGCAAAGGAGAGCACUGCGGCAAAGAGCACUGCAAAGGAGAGCACUGCAAAGGAGAGCACUGCAAAGGAGAGCACUGCAAAGGAGAGCACUGCGGCAAAGGAGAGCACUGCAAAGGAGAGCACUGCGGCAAAGGAGAGCACUGCGGCAAAGGAGAGCACUGCGGCAAAGGAGAGCACUGCGGCAAAGGAGAGCACUGCGGCAAAGAGCACUGCAAAGGAGAGCACUGCAAAGGAGAGCACUGCAAAGGAGAGCACUGCAAAGGAGAGCACUGCGGCAAAGAGCACUGUGGCAAAGAGUACUGCAACGGAGACACCAGUGGUGAAGAGCACUACAAAGGAGAGCAUUGGGGCGAAGGGCACUACAAAGGAGAGCACUGUGGCAAAGAGCACUGCAAAGGAGAGCACUGCAGUGAAGAGUACUGCAGCGAAGAGCACUGCAAAGGAGAGCACUGCAAAGGAGAACACUACCACUGCAAAGGAGAGCACUGCAGUGAAGAGUACUGCUGCGAAGAGCACUGCAAAGGAGACACCAGUGGUGAAGAGCACUGCAAAGGAGAGCACCGUGGCAAAGAACACUGCAAAGGAGAACACUACCACUGCAAAGGUGACACCAGUGGUGAAGAGCACUGCAAAGGAGAGCACUGCAGUGAAGAGUACUGUGGCGAAGAGCACUGCAAAGGAGAGCACUGCAGUGAAGAGUACUGUGGCAAAGAGCACUGCAAAGGAGAGCACUGCCACUGCAAAGGUGACACCAGUGGUGAAGAGCACUGCAAAGAAGAGCACUGCCAAAGGCACCUCCAAAAACUGAGCCGUUCUAGAUCAAGAGGAUGGGCCCAUAUGGUAUACUUUCUUUUAGUCCAUUUACUUGUCAAAUACCAGUUUACAUUUAAGGAGGAUUGUAAACUAUUUUCUUAAGCUUUUCUCAGAAUAUUUGGAAUUUUAC